UGUAUUUGGAUAUUAUUCAGGACAAAGACAAUGCGUUAUUUAAAAUGCCUUGUUUGUUUUUUGUUUUCUUUUGCAGAAAUUAUCGCCGAAGAUAAGCGACUUCUUUUGAAUGAUCCCGAUGUCAUGACUCAAAUUAGACAAAUGUCAUUGGAGUUACAAUCGCUUAGGGAGAAAACUGCACAACUGGAACAGGAAAGUACUCAAAUGAAACUGGAUCUCGGAUCAGCCAAAACUAAAGUAACACAGUUAGAAACCUCAAAUUCUGGAUUUGGUUCUGUUUAUACUAGAUGGGGAAGGAAAGAUUGUCCAUCAAACGGGACAGAGCUGGUUUAUGCGGGAGUUGCUGGUGGAGGAUACUAUACUCACACGGGAGCUGCUGUUAACUACGUUUGUUUACCUCACGACCCAGACUUCAUUCAAGGGGAUACACCUGGCGGCGAUGCGACAAUAUAUGGCAGCGAAUACCAAGACAAUCAUUUCGGUCAUAAUUUAUAUAACAAUGAUGUACCUUGUGCAGUUUGCAGAGCAAUUACCAAGUCGUCUGUGGUGAUGAUUCCCGGCAAAAUCAAAUGUUAUGGAGACUGGAAUCAAGAAUUUUAUGGAAGAUUGGCAGCAGGAGCCGAUGUCCAAAGUGCUGCAUCCGAAUAUGUAUGCAUUGAUCACCAGGCACAAUAUAUCGAAGGCGGUGCUGCUAAUCAUAAUGGGAAACUUUUCUAUAAGGUCGGGGCUAAAUGCGGGUCAUUACCGUGUCCACCUUAUUAUGAUAAAGCACCGAUGUCAUGUGUAGUUUGUUCAAAGUGA